AUGGGCCAGGUUUUAGGAUUCUCCCACUGCCAGGAAUAUGGCUCUGUGGCUUCCACUCCAGACUCAACACCUCCCUGCACUGAUGGAGGAAACGAGGAGUCAGAGAUGUUCGAGCUGCAAACAGCCAGGGAGUGGUCUGAUGACGAUGAGGGUGGAGAUGACGAUGAGACACUGGCUUCGUCUCCGUCCAUCUGGGGCACUCCACGUCAGAAUUCCUACGAGCUGACUUUCUCUUACUUCGCCAUCGCUGAGGCCGAGGCGGUGGGGGCCUCUCGUCACCUGCGCGACCGUCGCAGAGGCGGCUCUCGGGCCGGUCGUACUCUGCUGAUCCACGCAGACACCCUGGAAACACCGUUGGACUCUCCUGACGUGGACUGGGAUCCUCAGGCUUUCCUCAUUCAGGAGGAGGACAGUGGAGGGACAGAAAGGAGAGAGCAGGAGCAGGAGGAGGAGGAGGAGAGGACUUCUGCUUCUGACAUUGGAUGGACUGAUGAAGACCAGGACGGUCAAACGCAGACUAUUACAGUUCAGCCUUUUUCCCCAAGUCUGGACUCGGACACUCAGGGUGGAGAUGCAGCAACCCAAAGACAGGAGACCGAGCACUGGAUGAUCCAGACGGUCCCUCCUCCAUCUCCAUCCCUGUCGGCUCAGGAGCCCAGAUCAGUGCAGCUGAUGGAAGCUCCCCUGACCUCAGAGCCAGAGUCUCCAGUUGUCAGGGAAGCCAUCUCUGUCACGCUGCUCACAUCUGUGCGACCCUCGGUCUCAGCAUCGUCCUCAUCGGCUGACCUCCACCCAAAGUCUCAGGAACAGCGGGACAGCGAUAAGUGGUUUUCAGCACUUAACCUGUCAGACGUCUCCACAGGAAUAGCAGUAAUGGACCUGAUCUACUGGAAGGACACGGAGCGGACAGGGAUGGUGCUAACAGGAAUCGUGGUGGGUCUGCUGACCCUGUUCCAGCUUAGCAUCAUCACCGUGGUCUCCACCGCCUCCCUGGCUGUCGUCUGCAUCACCAUGUGUGUUCGCAUCUACUACCACGUCCUCCAUGCCCUGAAGUGGGGCGAUGGGCUGCAUCCCUUCAAGUCGUACUUGGACAUGGACGUCACUUUCAGUGGAGAGCAGGCUGAACAGUACAUGCAGAAAGCCAUUGUUAUGACCCUGUCCGCUGUAGACACUCUGAAGAGACUGCUCUUCGUUGGAAAUCUUUUCGAUUCCCUCAAGUUCCUGGUCCUGAUGUACCUCAUGACGUUCCUGGGAGCCCUGUUCAAUGGCCUUACUCUGUUCAUCAUCAGUGUGAUUGCCCUCUUUUCUCUGCCACUUUUCUACCAACAGCGCCAGGAGCAAGUGGACAGCGUCAUUGCCAAAAUUCAGGCCCAGUUUGACAACAUCAAAGACAUCUUUGAGCGACUUGCCCGUGGAGGUGGCCCUCCUCCUGAUCUAACUCCUGGUGGAGCCAAACCCAAACUCCAGUAGACACGUACGAUGAAGGACUUAAAGACAAGCUCCCAGAGUUACCGGCUGUCACUCCGACGUCUUACCCAGCAGCCUGUGCUCCUAGAAGAGAGCAUCGGAGGCAUGUUACCUUUACAGACAAUAAUGAGAAUGGUGUUUUAUACUCCAGCUGUGUCUGAGUAUCAGGGUCAGAAUAGGAUAAUAAUCAAGGCGAAAUCAUGGUGGGUGAAUCCUGGACGGGACUUUUGCAGCUGAUGUCAGUGAUGGAAAAGACGGUCUGUGAUUCAUCUGUGACCAUCAUUGGAAAUGUUGGUUUUUUGUUUUUUUUUAAAUGUACACAUUUAUGAAAAGUGUCGUAGACAGAGCUUUAGUAAUAAUGGGAAACCGUGACCAUACGUGGGGAGGUUCCCGCGUUGACAGCCAAUCACCAGAGCAGAGAGACGGAGGUUUAAAAUGAAGGUCGUCAUUGUUUAUGUCAGCAUAUAGGGAUGCAUGUGUCUGCACAUGUACUUUUCUGAAUGCAUUAUUCAUUGUCAUGACAUUUUAUCUGUGUGUGAGAGAGAAAGUGCGUGUGUGUGUGGGAGUGGGUGUGUACAAUUCCUGACAUAUCGCUUGCUGAAAUAUUGGCUCAAAGCAAAUGAAAGUCACUUCUUCUUCUUCUUCUUCAUUUGAAAUAUGAGAUAUUAUAUUUUGAAUCUUUUUAUCUACCUAUGCAUUUUCAUUUUUCUCCACUG